UUGUUCGAAGCGGUGACCAGUCUCGCUGCACGACCCCAAGAAGCUCCGUGAUCGACUUGCUGUCCCUGUCUCCCCGUCUGUUCGCGGUUUCUGUCCACAGUCGACCCCCCACGAGCUCUCGUCUCGGCGCAUGGUCUCCUUCACCUGUGUCCCGUUGCAACCUCGAGCUAAAACGCGUCAAGCUUGACGAUCCACACACCCACCGACCUCCCUACUCCUCGACACCACAUCUCCCAAUCAUUCUCUCCCCUGACGACCAAAAUCCCCAUGACGGCCACUGAAUCGCCUUGACCAUGGCCGCGAACGGAAACCGGGUCUCAACAUACACGUCGGUCUCGACCGGCUCCGACAGCCGCAAUGCCGAAAAGAAGGAUCUCUGGAGCACCCUCCUCGACUCGGUAGCGAGCGGCAAACGGCUGCCAGAAAAGAAUAUCAUUGUUCUGGGUGGCAACUCUGACUCGCAACGGGAGUUUCUCGAUGCCCUCUCCAACAGCAGCGAGAAGCGCACCCUCGAUCGGCAGAGCUCGAAGCCGCCCCCUGUCGCCAACAGCUUCGCCCUCGGCUACACUUACUACGAUGUGCUGGACGCCGAUCAAGAAGACACGCUCGCACGAAUAUCCCUGUACAUGCUCUCGAACCCGUCCGAAGCGUUCCCCAGGCUCCUCGAACCCCUGAUCACGCCCGAAUCCAUACCUAACACUCUGGUCGUCGUGCUGCUCGACUGGUCAGCGCCGCACUUGUGGAUGCGCCAAUUGCGAAAAUGGGUGUUGUUCAUGCGUAGCGUUUUGGAAAAGACGGACAGUGAGUGUCAGACGGCAAUGGAGGAGGCAAUGGCCGGGUGGCGGGAUAGGGGACGUGGUGGCGGGUCCAUGAAUCUGGAUGGCACGGCAGCCGCUUCAACCAGCGAAGGCGACGUUGCGUUACCCCUCGGUCCUGGCGAGUGGGAGGAGGGCCUUGGCUUGCCGCUUUGUGUGGUCUGCCAAAACGCUGAAAAGAUCGAACUGUUGGAGAAAUCCCAGGGUUGGAAAGAAGGCGACUUUGACCAAGUUUUGCAGUACAUUCUACCAAACACAGACGGCUCAUCACUUAUCUACACAACACCAAAUGUGCCCUCGCCACUACCGAGUCUCAUUCAUUCGAGUCUGGGCAUCACCUCACUCCUGAAACGCCAGCCUCUCAAGCACAACGUCAUCGACAGAGACAAGAUUCUUGUCCCUCCUAACUGGGACUCCUGGGGCAAGAUCCGUGUUCUUCGCGACGGUUUCGACGUCGAGGCUACUAGUCUCGGCUGGUCCCAUGAUCUUCAGUCUAACUUUACCUCCCCCUCCAUGACGACCGAGGGCCUCGCCGUUCUUGCGAAGGCCAAGACGGAAGGCUCCUACGACGGCGAGGCCUGGACCUCAGCCGUCGCCCCAUACGAGGACUGGAUCCGCGACCUGUCCCUCUCAACGCUCGAGGCUUUCAAGAUCAAGGCCGAGCAAAAGUCGGCGUCUUCUGAUGUCGCGCGAUCCUCAACUACGGCUUCUAGCAGCGCCCGCGCCUCGACCGUUCGUCGUGCCGACGACGGCGCCAACGACGGCAAGGUCAGCGAGCACAUUGGCCCCGUGCAGUUCAACAUGGGCGGCAUCCAAGUCGACGCCGAUGACAUGGUCCAGCGCCUCAAGGACCGCCAGGCCUACGGCACCCCGCCCACCCCACGGCUUCGCCCCCAGACUCGGGCGUCGCCCCCCCCGGUGUCGGCGCGGGCAUUGGCAGCCCAGGACCCGCGAGCCCCGCCGCAGCAGGCGACGGCCCGGAGGUCAUGGAUACGGAGAACCUGCAGGCCUUCUUCAGCGGGCUCAUGA